GUGGUAAACAAUUAUUUUCAGUAAAUAAAAUAGGUUUUGCAUGUUUAAGUUAAGGUAAGACAGCAUCAAGGAACAUAUCCAUUGGCUUCGCCGCCAUUGUUUUCCGUCAAUUUCUUCCAUUUUUGCGUCUAUUUCUAUUACAAUCUUACCCAAUUAGAUUGUGGGGGGUUCAAAUUCUUCGUCAAAAUUCAAUUUUUAUUUUGAGAUUUCACAUUUUUCUUUCAAUCAAGCAAUGGGUUGUGAUGAACAAUUUUUGGAGCACCUCAUAUCAGAAGAUACCCUUCAGUUACUUUUUGAAGUUUCAAACUCUUCUAACUUGGAAGAAUCCUUAGAGAUUCUCAUUCAGAAUGCAAAAUCUGAUUCUGGGCGUUUGGACUUAGCUUCCAAAAGGGUUCUCCCUGCAGUGCUGAACAUAGUUCACUCGCUCACUCAUGCUUCACACAAUCAUCAUCAUCAUAAUAGUGUUCUUUCUCUGUGUUUCAAGCUCCUUAGAAACUUGUGUGCUGGUGAACCUGCAAACCAGGGUUCAUUUCUUGAGCUUAAUGGGGUGGUUCUUGUUUGCAGUGUUUUGAAGUCAGAGGUUGGUUCUUCUGGCCCUAAUCAUGGGUUGCUUCGUUGGGGUUUGCAGGUUCUAGCAAAUGUUUCUUUGGCUGGGAAACAGCAUCAGCAUGCUAUUUGGGAAGAGCUAUAUUCGGUUGGAUUUGUGUCUCUUGCAAGACUUGGCUCUAAGGAGAUUUGUGACCCUUUGUGUAUGGUGAUUUAUACAUGUUGUGAUGGAAACCCUCACUGGUCUAGAAAGUUGUCUAGCGAUGAUGAUGGCUGGCUUAUUAUUGCAGAUAUUGUGAGGACUGCCUCUCCUGCUGGUUUUGACGAGGAUUGGUUAAAGUUGCUUCUUUCAAGAAUAUGCCUGGAAGAAUCUCAAUUGCCUGUAUUGUUUCCUAAAUUACGGUUUGUGCAUGUCCCUGAGGGUGAAGUUACUGAGUCAACAAAUGAUCAGUUUUCAUCUGAUCAAGCAUGUCUUUUGCGAAUCAUAUCAGAAAUCUUGAAUGAGCAGCUAAGAAAUGUCACUGUUUCAAAUGAUGUUACACUGUUUGUUUUUGGAAUAUUCAAGAAGUCUAUUGGAGUUCUUGAACAUGCAACUAGAGGGAAGUCUGGUCUUCCUAGUGGCUCUGCUGAAGUUGAUAUUCUUGGCUACUCUCUUACCAUAUUGAGGGACAUUUGUGCUCAAGAUAGUGUGAGAGGUAAUAUGGUGGAUGCAAAGGAUGUUGUUGAUUUGCUAUUGCCAUAUGGCCUCAUAGAGUUGCUUUUGUCUUUGCUUUGGGACCUUGAACCUCCAGCGAUAAUCAGGAAAGGAAUCAAACAAUAUGAGAAUCAAGACGGUACUAGUUGUUCCUCAAAACCAUGCCCAUACAAGGGUUUUAGGCGAGAUGUAGUUGCACUUAUUGGCAAUUGUGUGUAUAGAAGGAAGCUUGCACAGGAUGAAAUCCGGAAGAGGAAUGGAAUUUUAUUGCUAUUGCAACAGUGUGUUACUGAUGAAGAUAAUCCUUUUCUGAGAGAAUGGGGCAUAUGGUGUGUGAGGAAUAUGUUGGAGGGCAAUGAGGAGAACCAAAAGGUAGUUGCUGAAUUGGAGCUUCAGGGAUCUGCUGAUGUGCCUGAAAUUGCUGCACUUGGUCUCCGGGUGGAAGUUGAUCAGAGAACUAGACGUGCAAAGCUUGUAAACAUCCCAUGAAAUAUCAUUAUAACUCGGCUGUAUCCAUACAUUUUUACUAGGUUUUUACCUGUAUCGUGUCUUAAGAAAAGUGCAGACAUUUCUUAGAAGGUUAACAACAAAGGCAAUACACCUUGUAUGGUUCAUGCAAUUUGAACAUACUUGGUUAAGUUCUUGAUCAGUUAAAAGCAUUUAAGAUCAAUUGAUUAUAUAAGUUUAGGUGGACAACCUUUUGCAGAGGAAACAACGAUCCUGUUUAGGGACUGUAAAUAAAUUUACUACUGUCGGUUAAGUUUUGAAUUUUGCUCUACCAAACGGAUGCUUGGUUAGUUUUUAGGUUGAAAUUUUUAUUUUUUUUCUUUCAAACAAGGCUUGGGAAUACUCCCUAAAGAGAUUGACAACACAUCAACCCCAUCAGAAACGGCUUGGUCCAUGGCAGCUAAUACAUCAGAAUUAGCACAACCAGAAGGCCAGCAUACUUUAUAAGCUGCAAUUCUUGAGGUAUACCUCAUUCCACUUGCUGAACCUCUAGCCACUCCAAAAAGGCUUGCAUUUUUCACUAUAUCACCAGCUGCAGUUGAGACAGUGUGUUCCAUGCCCUUGGGAAUCUCUUGGGGAAUGAUAAUCCACUGUUUCAUUGAUUUGUCCAACAUAUUUUCCAUACUCCUUGAAAUAGGCUCUUGCACCAAUAAGCUUCUUGUUACAAUUUGAGGCAGAGAACAUGGUGCCUUGUUUCACAAACACUUAUCCAAUGAUAAGGUACUGAGGACAAACCUUAGUCUUGGAAACUGAUGUGUUCAGGCCAUAUACCUGAAUCAAGGACACCAAUAAUUCAUUAGGUAUGGCAGAAAGGAAAUCGUCCCCUUGAUUCAAAUAUUUAGGUUGUCUCUUGGAAAGUUGGGCAGCAAAACCACACAUGCUGUUUUUGUAGGCGUAAAGGAGCUGAGGAGCUAAAAUCUCUUCUUCUUCCAUUGAAGCUUCAGAAAUGAAAUCAAUGAUUGAUUCAAACCAAGGCUUUGAGCUAUCUUGAGAGUGAAUUGAGGCUCUGAUCUUGGUCUUGUCUAUGUGUACAACGUAUGUCUGUUGGUCCAAGAGAGCUAUUGAAUUUGUCACCAUGAAGGCCAGGACUAGGUAAUAUGCUCUUGGCGGUACACCUGUUGAUACUAGUGAACUGGACCUUAAACCCCGGGGAAGGUUAAGAGUGAAUGUAUUGGAAGCGAAUGAUAUAAAGAAUAUGGAAAUGUUUGGGAAGUCUGAUCCUUAUGUGGUUGUGUAUAGUCGACAACUGUUUAAGGUUAAAACGAAGGUUGUUGACAACUUGAAUCCUGUUUGGAAUGAGGUGUUUGACUUGAUUCAUAGAACAAGGAGACCAGUCGCUCAUUCUCGAGGUAUUUCACUGAUGGAAGAAAAUUGAGAACUUUAUGAGUAGUUUAUUUUUCGAAUAAGGUCAAUAAAUGAGCAUGAGGUGCCCAAAAUUAGUCUGUUCAAGUGUGUUAUUGAUUUCGACGAGUUGAGAUAAGAUUUUCAAAACUACCAUUCAAAUAUUAAUAUUAUUAUCAUAUUAUCGUGGCUAGGGCGCGUGGCAUGAAGUUAAAUAAAAUAUUUUAUUGACU